UGUGUGCAUGACUAAAGUGAACAAACAGUAGAAAGAGAGAGAGUGCGCGCGCGCGCGCGAUUCUUAAGAAAGCAAAACGCAAAAGGCCGGGUUUUGCGUUGAUCUUUAGCGACAGCGAUGAAAGUUCGCAAACAGAAAAGCUCUAAUCUAAGCAAACAAGAGAACAAACCUUCCCUGCUUCCUCCUUCCCUUAGAUUGCGCCCAUUUAUCCAAUGUGAAGUUUUCUUUCUCCUCUUUCAUUUUUUUUCUUUCACUUUCCCUCUCCCCUUCUUCCCUGGGAAAACAGAGAAAACAAGGACCUGACCAAAAGGAACCAGUGCCGAAUUUGCUGUACACAAUUCAUUAUGCAUUUCUCUAAAUUAGAUGAUUCGCCGAUGUUCCGGCAACAGAUGCAAUGUUUGGAAGAAAGUUCUGAGCUAUUGAGGGGGAGAUGUUUAAAAUUCAUCAAAGGUUGUCGAAAGUACACAGAAGGGCUUGGAGAGGGGUAUGAUGGGGAUGUUGCUUUUGCAAGUGCUCUUGAAACUUUUGGAGGAGGGCAUAAUGAUCCUAUUUGUGUUGCUUUUGGAGGCCCUGUUAUGAACAAAUUUACUAUUGCUUUGAGAGAAAUUGGGACGUACAAGGAAGUUCUUAGGUCACAGGUAGAGCACAUUCUAAAUGAUAGAUUGCUACAGUUUGUGAAUGUGGACCUGCAAGACAUCAAGGAAGCCCGAAAACGUUUUGACAAAGCUUCCCUCAUAUAUGACCAGCAUUCACUGCAGGCACGUGAUAAAUUUCUGUCAUUAAGGAAGAGCACAAGGAUGGAUGUAGCUACUUCUAUAGAGGAAGAAUUAUACAAUGCAAGGUCCUCCUUUGAGCAGGCACGUUUUCACUUGGUUAGUGCUCUUUCUAUUGUUGAGGCCAAGAAAAGAUUUGAGUUUCUCGAGGCUGUUAGUGGGACAAUGGAUGCUCAUAUUCGAUACUUCAAGCAGGGGUAUGAGCUUUUGCACCAGCUGGAGCCUUUUAUUAACCAGGUCUUAGCUUAUGCACAACAGUCUAGAGAAUGCUCCAACUAUGAGCAAGCAGCUCUUAAUGAAAGGGUACAAGAAUACGUGAGACAGAUUGAUCGAGAAAGCAAGCACAACUUAAAUGGAGGUGUUGGUUCUCCUAGUGGCGAUGGUUUGCGACUUUUUGCUAGGAGUUCACAAAAAGUGAUAGAGGCAGUUAUGCAGUCUGCAGCAAAGGGGAAGGUUCAAACCAUUCGACAAGGAUAUUUAUCAAAGCGUUCCUCAAAUUUGAGAGGUGAUUGGAAAAGAAGGUUUUUUGUUCUUGAUAGUCAAGGGAUGCUGUAUUAUUAUCGCAAACCUUUCAACUGGACAUCUGGAAGUGGUAGUCAAUCUUCCGUGCAGAGGAAUGCUUCUGCUGACAAUAGCCCUGGGUUGCUAAGUCGGUGGCUUUCUUCUCAUUAUCAUGGUGGAGUUCAUGAUGAAAAAUCUGUAGCACGUCAUACUGUAAACCUGUUGACAUCAACAAUAAAGGCUGAUGCAGAUCAGUCAGAUUUAAGGUUCUGCUUCAGAAUUAUUUCACCAGUGAAAGUUUAUACUUUACAGGCAGAAAAUGCACUGGACCAGGUGGACUGGAUUGAAAAGAUUACAGGAGUGAUUACUUCAUUAUUGAGUUUCCAAACGUCUGAAAGACAUCUGUCUACCAGUCACAUGGGAAUUGGUGAUCAUCACUCUGUCAGUGAUAGCAGCUCAAUGGCAGAUUCUCCUGACAUUGAUCAUGCAGAGAUUGAGGAGUUCGCAUCUAAUAACAUGACCACUAGAUGUUGCUUAAACUCUAAAAAUUCACAACAGCAAGAAUGUUGUGUAAGAAGUGAAAAGCCAAUUGAUGUGUUGAGAAAAGUACCUGGAAAUGACAAAUGUGCAGAUUGUGGUGCACCUGAACCAGACUGGGCAUCCUUAAAUCUUGGUGUUCUCAUGUGCAUCGAAUGUUCAGGGGUUCAUCGUAAUCUUGGUGUUCAUAUAUCAAAGGUAAGGUCAUUAACACUUGAUGUCAAAGUGUGGGAGCCAUCUGUCUUAAAUUUGUUUCAGUCAAUAGGCAAUAUUUAUGCAAACUCGAUUUGGGAGGAGUUAUUGCAUUCAGGAACUUCUUUUACAGGUGAUGAAAUGUCGAAGGGUUUUUCAAGGUCUCUUUCUGAUAGACAGAAGCUUUUCCAUAUGAGGAAACCAAAUUAUGAUGAUUCCAUUUCUGUUAAGGAGCACUUCAUUCAUGCAAAGUAUGCAGAAAAAAUAUUUACGCACAAGAUAAAGGACGACCAGAAUCUCCUUUCAGUGGCACAACAGGUAUGGGAAAGUGUCCAUGCUAAUGACAAAAAAGAAGUCUACCGCCAAAUUGUCCGCUCUGGAGUAGAUGUCAAUGCCAUCCAUGGGCAAGCAUCAUUCAGUGACUCUAUGGACAAGCCCUUAGCAAGCUACGUGAAGCCAUUACAUAAAAAUGAAGAUCAGGUCAUAGAGGAUUUUACAGAUGGCUGUUCUCUGCUUCACCUGGCCUGCCUAACUGCUGACCUGGGUAUGGUAGAGCUGCUCCUACAAUAUGGUGCAAACAUCCAUGCUUCUAAUUCAAAAGGUCAGACGCCACUGCAUCAAUGCAUCAUUAACAGGAGACCUUCAAUUGCAAAGUUGCUUCUUACAAGGGGAGCAGAUCCUCAAGCUGUUGACGGAGGAGGAAAUACUGCUAUUCAGCUUUUAUCGGAAUCAUCCAUUGAUGACAGUGAGCUUGUUAUUCUCUUAGCAAAGUAAACUAUAACUACUCAAAAAUCAGAAAAUAUAGGAGUCAGAGCGGAAUGAAGGGGCAUUUUGUAUCAUAGGUUUCUUUAAAAACGAUGGACCAAACUUUGUUGUUGCAGCAGUUGGCAGGUUUGGUAGCUAGGCCAUUAUAAUCCUCUCAUCUCUGAGCCUCCGAGUGUAUGUAGAUUUAGAAUAUGUAUAUAGGUCCCUUUCUUUCAGGUUGCCUCAUUUUUCCUACUGGGGCCUUGACCUUCGGGCAUGUUGUAGUUUUAAAAUUUGUUCCCUGUUUGUGUAUAAGAUACUCUAAGCAUUCUUUC